AUGAAGUCAAUUUUUGUUGUUGUGGUCGUGGCUGCCUUCGCCUUGGCCGAACCACCACUUUCACACAGCUACCUCCCACCAUCUCCGACGAAUCGUAAUGCUGGCUACCCUAAAGGGCCCGAUGGAAGUCUUCCGAUAAUCCCUCAAGUAGUUGCGGCGAGGGCUCUAGUUAACGGUCAUCUCAAUGGCGCAAGGAGCAGUCUUCAUGAGCACGGACAAGUAAGACGUGGGCAAGCUCAGGGAUACGAUGGAAACUCGGGCGACUUGUUUAGGAACACCGUAGACGUAAGCUCGGAACCGGCGAAUUACAACUUUGGGUACAUGGUCAAUGACUUCAAUGAAGGAACAGAUUUUGGGCAUCAUGAGGAAAGACUGGAAGAAAGGGCUCAGGGAGAGUAUCAUGUGGUUUUGCCUGAUGGUAGAAAGCAGACCGUCAGCUAUGAAGCAGAUGAACGAGGAUUCAAACCCCAGAUUUCCUAUGAGGAUACAGAAGAUCUUACCCGUUCCAACGGAUACAAUGGUAACGCUAACACCCGUAAUAUCGGUAACGGAUACAAGAGCGGUCAGGAUGCACGGUCAGGAUAU